CCUUCAGAGGGCGAGCAGGGUGGCUGAAGCCAACGAGUCAGAGCAGAGGACGCGGCGUGACGGACAGAUGGGGAAGGGCAUCAGUUGAGAGCGCACAGAGAUAGUUUGAUCACUUUGUUACAAUAGUGAGUAAAACAAUGAGGGAAGAAAUGAACGUGGUAUAAAAAGCUGCCACAUAGGCUUUCGAGAAGAAGAGCAAGAGGACACCCAAGGAAAGGAAGCCAAGUUCAACUAUAGCCACCUGGAAAAGAUGUCAGAGGGACCCUCAUAGCUGGAAAACAACUUUACCUAAGCUCUUAUAACCAAUCCUCUCCGCCAACUGACUGAUUGACGGCCACCUGGUCCAAUCACUGUUGCUCACUUCCCCACAUCCCAUCUCCAACCUCCACUCCACCACAAUGGCGUCCUACAGCCCCGCCCCCACGCAAGCACACGCCACCAACGGCAGGUCGCCCUCGCUCAAGUCGGGCGACUCGGGGGGCGACAACGAUUCCAUGAAGCUGAAGAAGGAGAUCUCUCUCCUGAACGGCGUGUGUCUCAUCGUGGGCAACAUGAUCGGCUCGGGCAUCUUCGUCUCGCCUAAAGGCGUCUUAAUCUACAGCGCCUCCUAUGGGCUGUCGCUGGUAGUGUGGACCAUCGGCGGUAUCUUCUCUGUGUUCGGGGCCUUGUGUUAUGCCGAGCUGGGGACCACCAUCACCAAGUCAGGGGCCAGUUAUGCUUACAUCCUGGAGGCCUUCGGAGGGUUCCUGGCCUUCAUCAGGCUGUGGACUUCCCUGUUGAUCAUAGAGCCCACCAGCCAGGCAGUUAUAGCCAUCACCUUCUCUAACUACAUGGUGCAGCCCGUCUUCCCCACCUGCAUCGCCCCCUAUCUGGCUAACCGCAUGCUGGCAGCAGCCUGUAUAUGUUUGCUGACCUUUGUGAACUGUGCCUAUGUGAAGUGGGGGACGCGUGUCCAGGACUUCUUCACCUAUGCUAAGGUCAUCGCCCUCAUCGCUGUCAUCAUCACCGGCCUGUUCAAGAUAAGCCAAGGUCAGACACAGAACUUUGAGGGCAUGUUUGAGGGCUCGUCGACGGAUCCAGGAAACAUAGCUCUGGCCCUUUACUCGGCUCUGUUCUCUUACUCCGGAUGGGACACACUGAACUUCGUCACUGAGGAGAUCAAGAACCCAGAGAGGAACCUGCCCCUGGCCAUCGCCAUCUCCAUGCCCAUCGUCACGGUGAUCUACAUCCUGACCAAUGUUGCCUACUACACUGUGCUGCCCAUUCCCGCCAUCCUGGACAGUGACGCUGUGGCUGUGACGUUUGCAGACCAGGUGUUUGGCGUGAUGAACUGGACCAUCCCUCUAGCGGUGGCUUUCUCCUGCUUUGGAGGACUCAACGCUUCUAUCCUGGCUGCCUCCAGGCUGUUCUUCGUGGGCUCCAGGGAGGGCCAUCUCCCAGACUACCUCUGCAUGAUCCACGUCACCCGCUACACUCCCAUCCCCGCACUGCUCUUCAACGGUGCCAUGGCUCUGGUCUAUCUGUGUGUGGAGGACAUCUUUAAACUGAUCAACUACUACAGCUUCAGCUACUGGUUCUUUGUGGGCCUGUCUAUCCUGGGACAGCUGUACCUGCGCUGGAAACAGCCAGACAGAGUCCGACCCCUCAAGCUCAGUCUGUUCUUCCCGAUCAUCUUCUGUUUCUGCACCGUGUUCUUAGUGGUGGUUCCCAUCUACAGUGACACUAUCAACUCUCUGAUUGGCAUUGGCAUCGCCCUAUCAGGAGUCCCCGUUUACUUCCUGUGUAUCUACACUCCAGCCACUAAAAGGCCCAUGUGGCUCCGCAGGUUCUUUGCCAACUUUGGUCUGUUGAUUCAGAAGGUGUGCUAUGCUGUUGUGACUGAGUUGGAUGUCAUAGAAAAGUUGGAGUGACGAGAUAAGAACCAACACACUGAAGACGCACAAAACACCUCCUGGCCAGUAUUUCCCUCAGCCACAGGCUGUCGAUCAGAUGGCUGAUUCAAACGGCAGCCAUUCAUUGGACCAAAUCUCUGGCCAACCAAUCAUCGCCAUGAUAUGUUCAUGUUCAUUGGACGAUGACACUCCAGCUGCCUCUGAGGAGGACGUUCCACAAACACACACUCCUGAAGUAUCAAUACUAAACCAUUCCUAUGCCUUACAUGUUUUACUCAAAUACUGAUAUUUAUGAUCUUUCGAUGUAGGCUGCGUCUGCACAGGCAGCCCAAUUGGUCUUUUGACCAAUCAGAUGAGCUCUUUUGCCAAUAAUUGGGCAAAAUAUCAGAAUGGGGCUGCCUUUGUAAACACAGAGGUAUAAGUCUACUAAUACCUGUGAAGUGUUAUUAAUAAAAUGUCAUUAUUGAAUAACAAAAAAACGAGAUACUGAAUACAUGUAGGAAAUAAAUAUAAUUAGAGGGUUAAUUUGUUGUAUGUGGGUAGGUAGAUCAUUGAAACAGCACUGCUGACAAGGUUGUCUUUGGCAUCACCUGUAGUGAGGACUAGAACAUAGGUAGCUCUUGACACUUUUUUUGUGUUCUAUGUAAAUGUCUGUCCCACCUGAAGCUUUUAAGAUCUUUGUGAAGCAAGGGGUUGGUUGAGUCGAUGGAUAGUAAAACUGUAUUUACACUGUAUUUAUAAUAAAUUACUGAUAGAAAUGUUAAA